AUAUUUAUUUUUAAUUUCUGUUACGAUCUAUCUUGUAAUAAUUUUGGCGAUUGAUUUGACGCGCGCUACAAUACGAGCCGAUUGCAUAUGGCGACGGAUAGUUGAGAAAGUGUAUCCCUCUUUUCAGUGACGGUUUUUUGCAUAUUUUUGUGGCGUCUAGCAUCGAUUGCGGAUAUUAGGUGUAUUUGCAGAAGCGGUAUCUUGUAUCUUGUGCCGUUUGACACUGAUGAAUUACAGAGUACUGCCGCGAAUCUAAUAGCGGUGUUUUUCCAUAACCUCGUAAAUCGUGCGAAGAACAGUCUGUUGCAGGCAGUUUAUGUUAUAGAUAUGGCACCAACAAAAAAAGCCGAUUUAGAAAAGUUAGCAUGGGCAUGGGUAGAAGUCAUUAUUCCAGAACAAAUUGAAAAAAUACAUUUAGAAACUGCAUACAGAAUUGGAUUAAAAAGUUGUAAAAAUUGCAAACGGAAUUGUACAAAUAAUCCUCAAUGCCUGACAGGUUUAGGAGAAGAAAAAUAUAUGAAGUCACAACCCACAGAGGUAGUGCCUUUAGAGAGCUCUCUAUCUGAAUUACGUGAUCCGACGCAAUAUGUCGGAUUAAAAAACUUGGGUGCUACUUGCUACGUUAAUAGUUUAAUUCAAAUGUGGUUUCAUAAUGAAGAUAUGAGGAGGAUAAUAUACAAAUGGGAUAUCACGGAAGAUCCAGAAGAAAGGGACACAUUGCACCAGGCUAAGAAGACAGGACUACCGUAUCAUCCAGUAACCGCGGUUGGCCAAUUGCAAUACAUUUUUGCGAUGAUGCAAUUCGGAAAUCGGAGUCUUCUUGAUCCAAUGAAUCUCGCUGUCGCGUUAUCUCUGGAUACCAGAACACAACAGGACGCUCAGGAGUUCUCCAAGCUGCUACUGUGCCAUAUAGAAGGAAAGCUGCAGCAAAACUCAGAGCUGAAGCAGAUGCUGCAGAGGCUGACCCAGGGAAAAUACAGCUAUAUCAAUUGUUGUUCUACAUGCGGUACCGAGUAUCCGACGUCUACCACAUUCUACGAGUUGGAUCUACAAUUGGCGGCCACCUUGAAGGAGGCGAUAGACAAGUAUUUGUCCGAAGAGCAGCUGACGGGCGCGAAUCAAUAUCACUGUACCACUUGCAAUGACAAAAAGGAUGCCAGGCGAUUCAUACGAUUAGAAACUCUGCCGGAUACUCUAAAUAUUCAAUUGAUGCGUUUUGUAUUUCAUAGGGAUUCUGGGCAGAAGAAAAAGUUAAAUUCAUAUAUCCAGUUUCCCGAAGACCUCGAUAUGUCGGAAUAUGUUAGGUGUCAGCCGCAAACACAUUUGUACAGCCUCGUCGCAGUAUUAAGCCACAAAGGUCCGUCUGCUCACUCUGGACAUUACAUCGCGAAUAUAUGCAAUUCAAGUGGUGAGUGGUAUCAGUUUAGUGACGACAAAGUGGAAAAGAUGCAGAAUAAACGAAUCGAGGAUGGCGUAAAUGAUAAUGUGAAACCGAUGAAACGAGGCCGCGUUCCGAAAGGAUUCCUUUCAUCGAAUACGGCGUAUAUGUUGGUUUAUAAAAAAUUAACUACAGAUUGGCCAAUAAGUGCUACAAAGAAAAUGAAAUUGAGAAAACUUGACACGGAAGUGAGCGUUUCCAGUGAUCCUGUUAACUUGGAAAGGCUUAGUGUUAAAGACAAAUCGGAUACGUUAGAUGAAGCACAACGGAAAAAUGGUGUUGGAAAUGUAUCACCCAUAGAAGAAGAAAAUCCUCAGAGAAUACUCAAACUAGAUUUGGAGAAUAAAAUGGAAAUAGAUGAGUCUGUGGUAUCUGAAAACACUGAUGUGCCAAUAGAAGUUAGAAAUGAUACUGUAGAAACCGUUGUUAAUACGGAUGAAUGUAAAGACAAGCAUGACCCCUUAACGUUGCAACAAUUGCAGAAUAAAAUUCAGCAUCCAAAGAAACCGAUAGUGAAAAUUGUCAAACUUGAUUACAAACGACUAAACGGUGCUGCACACAGAGCUAUGAGCUGCGGAGAGCGAGAUUUUUACGAAGAGAUGGAAUUCGAGAAUUGGCAAGUGAGUAGCACAAUGCGCGAACUUAUCAGGCAAGAAAAUGUUAAGCAUGAAUUGAGUUUGUUAGCCGCCCAGCAAGAAAAGCAAAAAGAAAUUGAAGAUCAUAAUUUCAAACGACAACUUGUCAUAGAUAUAUAUAACAUUAUCGCAUCGACGAUAUCUUGGAACGAGUAUUAUUGGAUACCAACCGACUGGUUAUCGAAAUGGUUAAAUACAUAUUCUACCGCGGACGGUAUUCCCCCGAUUGACAAUUCAAUUUUAAUGUGCUCGCACUAUCGACUCGACCCAUUAAAAGUCAGUCGUGCAAAAUGCAUACCGGUAGCAGUGGCCGACAUACUUUACGAGAGGUAUCGAGGAGGUCCACGACUAGACCAAACAUCUUUGUGCGAAACUUGCGUGAAGAAACGUUGUAAAUUGUUGCGCUUUAAACUAUCAUUAGAACGUGAUCAUAAAGAAAUUAAUGAACUAAUUCGUACAUUCAAAGAACCUUCUGAGACUAGCUAUAUCAUCGGUACUGAUUCGUUACGAUCAUGGCGAAGAUUAGCUAUGGAAACGUUCUUAGAGGGCAUGGAGCAAGAGGCUGACGAUUGCCAGGACACUCCGCAGGAAGAGAGUAAAAACACAGGGAAGGAUAGCAAUGACUGUUCGAAAGAGGUCGAGGAAAACGAUGGAAACGAGAUUAUAAUUAACUUCAACGAAGAUUUACUUUGCGAGCAUAAUUCGCUCAAAACGGCAGACUCCAGCAGGAAAGUGAUACCUCUAGAGGCGUGGUCGAUUCUUCGGAAAUAUUUUCCGGACUCGAAAGAGUAUACUAUCGGAUCACCGUCUUGUUCAAUCUGCGAGGAGAAAAUGGAAAACGCACAAAGAGCGAAGAAAGACGACAAGAUAAAGGCGAAACAGCAGAAAGAUGAGCUCACCGAUUUGUACUAUGGAAGGAAUAGGAAUGAAAUAUCCAAAUGCGACGAUCCAGCGAAACUAUUUUACAUUGUUGAGAAAGGCUUUUUAGAUAGUUGGCGUUCCUUUAUUCGGGCCGUUCUCGGCAUCCUCGUGGAGCGAGUGGAGGUCGGCUCUGUUAGCAAAUCGACCGACUGCGUCGCGGAUGUUCGAUCUCUUCAUGCUGCGAGCGACCGUCGAGGCUUCCUCUCAAUUUAUGCGGAGACACACUCGAGGACACCGCCAUCAGGUAUUCAGAAUGCCUCGCUCCUGUGCGAGCACAAAGGCUUUCUGUACGCGCCCAGGAUCAACAACGAAUUAUACAGUAUAGUAACGGCGGAGGAAUGGUCGAAGCUCGCGCAAUUCUACGAAGUCGACUAUCCCAUUACCAUAAAGAAGACUGAUGACGACUAUCAAACGACUCCCCUUCCGUGCGCAGCCUGCAUGUUGGCGAGGGUUGAACAGGAGCGGCUGGAGAGCUUGAAGUACGAUCGUGCGACGAUCUACAUCAAGUGUAUCGACGAUAGCGAGGAGUCUAAAUCAGAAAGCAAUUCCGAGGUAGCGGCAAAGAGGCCAAAGAUGGAGAACGUACGGCCCUCACGAACCAGAAGAAAAUUAAAAGGCUCGCACGAGCUCAAAGUGUCAUCCGAGAUCACCUUGAAAGAACUCAAAGUGAUGACGAUGCAGAUUUGCGGGGCCGGGCCGUACGACCAACACAUAAUGCUGGGAGAACACGAGCUGACGGAUCAUAGUCAGAGCUUGGCCGCACUCGGAAUAUUUCCCGGAGCGCUCCUCACGUUGAAGAUCGACGCUCCUAUGGAAAACGAGAACGACGUAGAAUCCGACGCCCACAGUUUCGAGGCGACGUCGCCGGAAAAGGGUUUCAAGGGAACGGAACUGGUGCCGAGCUGAUCUGCCUGAUCGAAUAUAAUCGCGUAGCCAAUUCCGUUCAACGUUUAAUAACGAUAGUUGAUUUAACGCAAGAUAUUUUUAUACAUAUAUAUAUAUAUAUACAUAUAUAAGUAUAUGAGUAUAUCCAAUCCUCCCCAAUUAUAUAUGCCCGUUAUCGACAGAUUAUAAGAAAGAAUAUAAGUCUAUGCUGUUGCGUCUACCUAUGCCUAUUCUAAUAUAUUUGUUAAGAAGGAGUAACGCGAUGAGAGAGAGAGAGAGAGGGAGAUAAGAGAUUCAUGAUAUCUAAAAAGGAAGAGAAUAUCGCAGAUAGUGUAAAGAAGCAAGAAUCUUAGAGAAUGAAUUUAUCAAUUUAACGUUACAUGUGCAGAUUCAUGAUUUUUUGCGGGAUUAUCGACGAGACGUCAAACGUGAAUAUAUAUGUACAUAUUUUAUCUUUUUUUUUUAUUUUUUUUUUAUAUAUUUCAUAUGUAUUCGCGUGAGAGAUCGAGAUUUGUGUACUUGUGAAGACUUAGACUACGAGAACGUUUCUGGACUUCUCUUUAUAGCAAAAUAUAUUUUUAACUUUUUUAACAUGCGUGAUUGUAUACACUAGAUAGAUACAACUGUUUGUUAUCAGUACAUUUUGGCCCGGUUUCAAACGCGUCAUAUAUACAUAUAUGUAUGUGUGUUUUUUUAUUUUAUCGAAGCACGUAUUUCACUAAUAGAGCAGCGUCACGCUUUUAACAUGUACGAGAGAAGGAAAAAACGCGUGCCAACGUUAACACAGUGUUGCAUAAUCCAGCUAUUUGUAUCUUACAUAUAUAAUAUAUAUGUGCGACAUUGUUUCCGCGGAGCAACUUUAUAAAGGAAAACGAAAAAUAUUUUUUUUUAUUUCAUGUCUUUUGUGAUUUCCCUCAUAACUUACACAAUAAAACCUGUACAUGGCAAUACGUCCCAGA